CAUUCCAUAGUGAUUUCUGGAGAGAAGCCAUGCGGGCACUGCAUUUCUCACACAUGAAAUACAGCAACAGAUUCCCCACGACUUUCCUUAGCCUUGCUCUUGUUUUGAUCCUCUUCUUGGCCUCUCCCACAAGCGCUUGCACCGAGCAGGAGCGCAACUCACUCCUUCAGUUCCUUGGCGGGCUAUCGCAGGGUGGAAAUCUCACCUUGACAUGGAAGAAUGGCACAGACUGCUGCACUUGGGAAGGGAUCACCUGCAGUCCAGACAGGACGGUCACUGAUGUCUUCUUGAGUUCUAGGAGCCUUCAGGGAUUCAUCUCACCGUUCCUUGGCAAUCUCACUGGCCUAUUGCGCCUCAAUUUAUCCUACAAUUUGCUGUCUGGCGGCCUACCACUCGAAUUGGUGUCGUCCAACAGUAUCAUCGUCCUUGAUGUCAGCUUCAACCAACUCAAUGGAAAUCUGCAAGAGCUGCCAUCUUCAACCCCUGCCCGGCCUCUCAAGGUACUGAACAUCUCAAGCAACUUGUUUUCAGGGCAGAUUCCGUCCACUACAUGGGAAGUGAUGAAGAGUCUGGUUGCCCUUAAUGUAAGCAAUAACAGCUUUACCGGGCAGGUACCAACAACACUCUGUGUCAAUGCACCAUCCUUUACUCUGCUUGAACUCAGCUACAACCAAAUAAGUGGAAGUAUACCUCCAGAGCUUGGUGAUUGCUCCAAUUUAAAAUAUCUAAGUGCUGGACACAACAACCUCAACGGGACUCUUCCAGAUGGCCUCUUGGAUAUUACCUCAUUGGAACACCUCUCUUUUCCAAAUAACCAGUUGCAAGGAUCACUCAGCAACAUCAGCAAGCUCAAAAAUCUGGUCACCCUUAAUCUUGGAGGGAAUUUUUUUGAUGGCAAUAUCCCAGAUUCUAUAGGUGAACUCAAGAGACUGCAGGAGAUUAGUUUGGAUCAUAACCAGAUGUCUGGGGAAAUCCCAUCAACUCUGAGCAACUGCACAAAGAUCAUAACUAUCAACCUCAAUAGCAACAGUUUCAGCGGACAACUCACCAAGGUCAAUUUCUCCAACCUUCCCAAUCUAAAAAACAUAGAGCUUAUGGGGAACAAAUUCAGUGGCGCGAUUCCAGAAAGCAUCUACUCAUGCAACAACCUAACUGCACUGCGACUAUCCUUCAAUAGUUUCCACGGUCAGUUGUCAGAAAAAAUCAGCAAUUUGAAGUUCCUCUCAUUCCUAUCACUUGUUGACAUCUCUCUUACAAAUAUCACAAGUGCAUUUCAGAUCCUUAGGAGUUGCAAUAACCUGACCACCUUGCUAAUUGGACUCAACUUCAAGCAUGAGAUCAUGCCACAGGAUGACAGAAUUGAUGGUUUUGAGAAUCUUCAGGUUCUUUCUAUGUACGAGUGUUCUUUGCUUGGAAGAGUGCCUCCUUGGUUAUCCAAGCUCACAAAUUUGGAGGUGUUAGACUUACAUAGUAAUAAGCUAAUCGGGCUAAUACCUGACUGGAUGAAUAACCUAAAGUCCCUCUUCUGUUUAGACAUAUCAAACAACAGCCUUACAGGGGAAAUUUCAACAGCCUUGAUGGAGAUGCCGAUGCUAAAAACUGAUAAUGUAGCCCCAAAGAUCUUUGAGCUCCCUAUUUAUGCAGCUCCAGCACUUCAAUAUCGCAUGCCCAGUGCUAUUCCUAAACUACUGAAUCUGGCUGCUAAUAAUUUCACUGGUGUGAUCCCCGCAGAGAUUGGUCAGUUGAAGGCGCUCCUUUCACUGAAUUUGAGCUUCAACAAAUUAUCAGGAGAGAUCCCAGAAGCGAUUUGCAACAUCACAAACCUGCAGGUGCUCGACUUGUCAAGCAAUGAUAUCACUGGUACAAUUCCAGCUGCACUGAAUGAUCUACAUUUCCUGUCUCGAUUCAAUGUUUCUAAUAAUGACCUAGAAGGGACAAUUCCAACCGGAGGCCAGCUUAGCACUUUUACAAAUUCUAGCUUUGAUGGCAACCCCAUGCUGUGUGGUUCGAUUCUUAAUCACCAUUGCAAUUCUGCAGCGGCAGGUUCAGUGUCCAUUUUCUAUGAAAAGCUCAGUGGUAGUAAGGUCAUCUUCACAAUCUCCUUUAGUGUUUUCUUUGGUGUAGGGGUGCUAUAUGAUCAGCUUGUACUAUCAUGGUACUUUGGCCAAGCGAAGUAAACGGAAAUAGGGUACAAUAGUGCGCAUUUGCUUCAAGACAAGUGAUUGACAGAAUUGUGCUAAGAAACAAACAGCUACAGCUUUGUAAUUUUUAUCUCCAUUGCCAACCUUGCUGCAAUCACGAGUUGUUCUCACUUGUGCAAGAUCAAAUCAGUAGCCCCAGGUACAGCCCUGGCAUUAGAUGUUCAGUCAAUAUUCUUUGAUUUUGGAACUUGAGAGUUGAAGCAACUGGAGGAUGGUACCGACAUCACCUUCAGUGUUUUCAUUAAAAUAGGAGUGCUAUAUAAUCAGAUGGAACUAUCCA